CACGGAAAGCUCACUACUUCGUUGUGACUGUUAUAAGAGAAUUUUCGAAUUUUUGUGGGAUGAUCCGGGUCAGGAAUUCAGAAACAAUUUCACAAACAGUCAUCGUGAUUCACUUCUAAUCGAACGGACGUGUACGUUGCGGAAAGUUUGAAAUCGUUGAAUCUGCGGUUUGUUAUCUUGUUUCUGAGAAUGAUUCAGGUUUAUCAUGCAUCAGAUACCCGGAAUCUUUCCAACAGUGCCGGAAAGUGCAGCUAAAAAACCUUAGAAGAGUGUUUGGAAAAUCUAUUAGACGAAUCUAGAUAGUCCUGAUUUUUGGUGGAAAAAAUUCAAGUGGAAAGCUGGAUGAAAGUUUAGUGUGAAUCUGAAGAAAGUUGAUGCGAAGAGAAGGCCCCAGUGUUUGUGAAAGUGCGGUGGCACCCUCUGUAUAUUUGUACAGUGAAGAAAGUCAUGCAAUUCCAAAUUACAUUGCAACACUUUAAGCUACAGAAGUGAAAAAGGUGAUUGUGUAACGUGUGGGAAAGCUCCACUGUGUAAACAUUCGAAUUGGAUUACAACGUAUACGAAUCAGAAAACAGCCUUCAGAUUUAAACGAAAGUGCUAUGAUUGAAAAGACGCUAAGCUGCCUAUCGUUCUAUUCAGUGCCAACAGUAUAACGAAAGACUUAAAUAUCCAUGCAUGCAUAACAUAUCAUCUUAACCAUGAUCUUCAAAAAGCUCAUUAAGAAGGUGCAGGCAUAGAACUAAUACACAAUCGACAAUCUUAAACUGCAAACGUAUCAUUCAGCCAAAGAAGAAAGCAAUUCCUUUCACUCCUGGAUGAAUAAUUCAUCCAUUUUCCCACCGCCUUACGCUGAAAGGAUCGACAGGCUCGACCGUAAGUGCUGAAACAAAGACGCCUAUUUAAAGUUUACAAAGUCAAGUGUAUUACAAGGAAUCAACUGAACGUGGCCCGAAUGCAUGGGUAGUGUGAGAAGUGUAAGUGCUGCCGUUAACGAUCCACUUGACUGGUAUUCGCAGUAUUGGCCGUGCUAGUUUCGCUUUACGACCGCCUUAUGCCGGAGAACGGCUCCGAUUAUUCGCUCUGACAGCUAUUUCAGCUAGUUGGUGUGCUCCUGAUACGUCCCAGAUGUGCCAACAACCGCGCGACGGAAGCUAAAACGAUUCUUUCCGGCACCUCACUUCACUCCACAGCCAUUGAAUACAUCCACACUACGCUAGUGAAGAAUUAAAUCGCAGCCAGGACAUUGUGCAGGACUCACAUUCCUCUCGUGACACCCAUUAUGAACAAGUAGCUGUUUUGUUGUAUUAACUCCACUUUAGAAAUUUCGCAAGCAAGCGGAUCGCGAACGACGAGGACAUACCAUACACACGGAAAGAGUGUGGAAAAAAUCAGGAUAUAGGGAACAACUACCCUCUGCAUUUCUAUUGUGCAUGCAAGCAAUUAUUUAGCGCUAAUAACAAGGAUUAUAGAAGACAGCAGCUCACUCGAAAGAAUUGCAAGGAUACGAAAAAUAAAGGGGGUUGCAACCAGCAUCGUCGCAGCAAAACGAACAGAAGAAACGAGGACACUCAACUGCAUCAGACAAAAUGCAACAACAUUUACACUGUGAACUUCUCUUUGGGGUUUUACUUGCAGCCAUUGUAAGCGUGCAUCAUGGAAUAUGCCAACACAUCGACUCGUACAAUUCACCGGACCUGGACAGUUCAACGAUAGCACCAAAAUUCAUAUCACGUGGACAUCUCUAUAAGGCUAUUAUCGGCGAGACAAUUGAACUUCCUUGUAAAGUUCAAAAUCUUGGCAAUUUCAUUUUGCUAUGGCGCAAAGGUACGGCUGUCCUGACAGCCGGCCACCUGAAAAUCUCACGUGAUUCCCGCUUUAAGAUUGUCGGCGACUAUAAUCUACAAAUCAGCAAUGUACGAACGCAGGACGCCGGGGACUAUAUUUGUCAGAUUGGUGACCAGGAGACAAGGGAUCAAGUGCACACGGUGGAGAUUUUAGUUCCACCGACGUUACGUGCACUACCCCACAAUGGACAAGUAACGGCCCGGAAAGGGAGUACGGUAACAUUAGAAUGUAAGGCGUCCGGAAAUCCUGUUCCCACCAUCUACUGGUACAAGAAGGACGUGUUUUCUGGAACAACUCAUCUAUCCGACAGCUCAACCUUAAUCUUGGACAAUGUUGACCGACAUCAUGCAGGCAUAUAUCAGUGUUCGGCUGAUAAUGGUGUUAAAGAACGUGUCUCCAUGGACAUCCAGCUCACCAUAUUGUCCCCACCAGAAAUUAGUGUGGAAAAAUCUUGGGUCCAUGCCAGCGAAGGAUAUGAUAUCGAAUUGGUUUGCAUUGUACAUGGCGAUGUUAAUUCUGAGAUGCUCUGGUAUCAAAACUCAUUUCUUCUUGAUCCAACCGAUCGGCGAUCAAUGCACAGUAAAGGGGAUCGGUACAGUUUAAUCAUAAGGAAUUUCCAACAUUCAGAUUUUGGCAACUACAGCUGUGUAGCGGACAAUGCCCUUGGAAGGACUAAAAAAUAUAUAGAAGUAUCAGGACGACCGGGACCAGCAGAAUUUAUUUCGCCAGCAAUGAGUGGAGCUUUGGAUCAUUAUAAUUUAACAUGGACAAUUGAAUCGAUACCACCGUUAGAAGAAAUUAAGUUACUUUACAGGAGGCUGCUGAUGAACGAAUCCUAUCAGCAUCCAGGCAAAUGGCAUGAUUUUUGGAUAGCACCGCCACCAAUUCGAUUGGACGCUAGCCACUUUAUUAUGUCGCAUGUAAUUCGCGGCUUGGAACAUAAUGCGGUCUACGAGGCAAUUGUGCAAGCGAAAAAUCGAUACGGAUGGAAUGAGAUAAGUGAUAUUCAUCAAUUCUACACAAGAGAUCACAACGUCCACUUUGAUGUAGAUGAAAUGGAAUACAAAGUUGGCGCCUCCAGCAACUUCGCCCGACGAAUUGCAACUCCCAUGACAUCAUUAUUAUUAGUAACCUUCCUAGUCGUAAUCCACAUAUUCAUCGAUUACAAGAAAUAGGAGCUUUAGAGAUAAUUUUGUAAAAAUCUUAUGUGGGUGAAUUAAAAAGUAAGAAAUGACUCUGUACAUGUAAUAAGUAGGAAAAAAAUAUAUUAAAGUGUUUUAUUCUCUAGUCUCUGUUUUUAUUUGACUCUUGUACGUAUUGGGGUAAUAUUUUGUAUUAAACCGUGACAUUGUUUUUAUUCAAUAUUUGUGUCAUUACUUUUUGAAAUGAUACAAUUGAAAGUGCCUUAAAUUGUCGAUUAGGAAUGAAAAUAUGUAAGAAUAUUAUAUGCAUUAAGUCAUUUUAAAAAUUGUUAAGAUCAUUUUCGUUUCACAUUGUGUUUCGUGCACGGAUAAGAUUUUUAUUUUAUUUAUAAAUUUAUUUAUAAAUUGUACUUUUACCAGGUUAGACAAAUUAAUUUUAAUUCUUUAAUUUAAAAGUGGAAAGCACGAUCAUUUUACGUAUAGGAACUUAUCAGAAGAAACAGAAGCCACUAGUCGUAAACUCAUCGAUGCAUGAACCGUACAUAUUCAUAGGAACCAGUAGUGAACGCCGAAAUUCCUAAUCUCGAGAAUCGUAUCCACAGGUUGUAAAAACAAAGCAAAUUAACAGAAACCUUUGAUAUUACAAGCAUUUGAAGAAAAGCUAUCGAAACCUCCUUGGAAGGCUAUAAAUCAAGCACUGAAAAUAUUGAAAUCUCAAAAACAUGUAACACUUGGAGACAGUACUGUAAUCUAGUCAAUAGAGAAUCUAAGAUUAUAUUAUAUGAAUGUGAUUUAGGACAAGUGAAAAUAUUAAAAAUGUUUUUAUACAUAUAAAAGGAAAAACUACUGCUAAAUCUUAAAGUUAUAAUUGUAAUGGAUAUUGAGAAAUAGGAGAAAUUUAGCGUGUUUAAGAUGUACAGAACUAGUUUUAGUACAAUAUAAAGGAAGCUAUCUCGUUGGUAUCUAGAAACUAAACAUACCUAGUAAAAGUAUAGAUGACGCUAAUGUAAUAGACAUAAUUAUACGAAAUACCAUAAUUAGGCUUGACAUAGCCUCGUAACAAUUACAUAGAAGAUAUAUUUAGAACAAGGAAUAGAUACUGAAUAAAUCGAAACUAUAUGGAUUCGACAUGACUCUGUAACUCUGACUGAAAAAAUGGUAUAAAAAAAUAAAUUAAAAAAUAUCCUUGAAUUCGAUUUGAAUUUCUGUUUUAUCAUUAAAUUAUAAAUUAUUUCAAUUCACUAUUUGUUGUCUCACGAUACGGAAUUGAAAGAUAAAUAUAGCGGAAAGUGAAGUUUAAGGUAGCAAAAAUAGGGGUAGAUGAAUAGAAAAGAUGAACGACACGGCACCCGUUUUUUGGCCUAAUUUUUUAAUAAGAUUAUGAUAAAAUAUAUCUUGAUUAAAAUAUCAAUUUGACUAUUUUAUUUUAUUGAAACACCUUAGAGACAAUUGUUUCCUUCUCAUCUCUUUAUUUUAUAUAAUUUUCUCCCAAAACAAUGAAAUACAUCUGUAAAAAAAUAUAAAUAUUAGCUUCGAGGAAUACUAUUUUAAGCUACACUUAAAGAAAAGAAAAUCAUCAUCUAUUAAAACCGCAUUAUAAUAAACGACUUGUGAAAUAAGUUUUAUUUUCAAAAAAUGCCGGCGAACACCCAGUUAAAUUUAAAAUGAAAAUAAGAAAAUGUGUAGAAAAAAAACUGAUAUCAAUGGAAAAUUUAAAAAAUGUGGUUAACUAACUUAGACCCCCAGAAAAAGAUAGUAAAAUGUGUAAGCCAAUAGAUGAAAAUAAAAGAAAGAUAUGAUUAUAGUAAUA